AUGUUAAGCUUAAGACGUCGCUUGUGGCAAGCAGCAGCCGCGUCGCUUAGUCGCCGCUGCCUAAGCGUGCGCAUAAUAAACGAGCGCAACAUUGAGCUGCAGCCAGCAGCAGCAGCAGCAGCAGAGGAGCGCCUAAUCUUUCCUGGAGUUUGGCUGCGUGACAAUUGCCAAUGCGCUAAAUGUUUUCAUGCGAAUUCGCAGUCGCGGCAGCAUGACUGGGAUAAGUUCGAUACGCAGGUGCGUCCGCUGCAGCUGCAGCUGAACGCGGAGCAGCAGCAGCUGCAGGUGCGCUGGAGCGAUGAGCACGAGAGCAGCUAUGGGCUGAGCUGGCUGCGGGAGCGCAGCUUUGAGCCGCAGGCACAGCGCGAAUAUUUGCAGCGCGACUAUCGCCCAGCAAUGCGCCUAUGGGCGGGCGCGCAGUUCGAGCAAGUGGCGCAGCGUUUCGACUACGCGCGUGUAAUGAGCGAAGAUGCUGCACUGCAGCAAUGGCUCCAAGCGCUGGCAGUUUAUGGCGUCGCUUUGCUGCAUGGCGCGCCGCUUGACGCUGGCGUCGUGCGUCGUUUAGCUGAGCGCGUUGGCUUCAUAAGACGCACCAGCUACGGCGAGGAGUUCGUAGUGCAGGCCAAGCCUGGAGCACAGAAUUAUGCGUAUCUAUCAACGCCGCUGCCGCUGCACACAGAUCUGCCCUACUACGAAUACAAGCCGAGCGUUAAUAUUCUGCACUGUGUAGUGCAAACUGCCUCAAGUGGUGGCAGCAAUUUGCUCGUCGAUGCAUUUCACAUUGCCGAGCGACUGCGUCAGGAGCAGCGCGAGCACUUUGAGCGACUCUGCAGCAUCGCAGUGAAUUGGAAUGAUAUUGGCAGCGAGGCGGGUCAGCAGUUUCACAAUAUUUGGCGGCAGCCAGUCAUUUGUCGCGAUGCUGACGGCGCCUACACGCGCAUCAAUCACAGCGUGCCACAGCGCGAUAGUCACUUUACUGUGCCGCUGGAGCAAGUGCAGCCCUGGUAUGAAUCCUAUGCCAAAUUUGUGCGUCUAGCGCGCCAAGAUGCGCAUUCGUUUAAGUUGCAGCCCGGCGAUGUUUUGAGCUUCAACAAUCUGCGUCUGCUGCAUGGACGCACCGGCUACGAUGACACUGAGCAGAAUUCCCGUUAUAUUGUUGGCGCCUACAUGGACUGGGACAUAAUCUAUUCGCGUUUGCGUGUGCUCAAGCGACAACAAUAAAAAAAUAAGCUAAACAUAUUUUCCGCGCCAUUUGCGCUUGAGCCUCAUUUAAAUAGUAACCCCCACCCCCCCCAGCUAAACGU